UAAUAUUUCGUCCUCUUAACGUUACGCUCGGGAUGUAAUCUACAAAGAGGAGUAGCCCGGUAGGAUCUUGUUAUUUGACUCUUUGGAAGAGCGGAUGAAUGUAUAUUUUUUCCUAUUCAAGUAGGAUAUUGCAUUUUAUUAGCAGAUAACGGUCUACUAUUUUGGUCUACUUUUUAAGCAGUGCACCGUGGGCAGCAUUUGAUACUUGGCUACUCAACAUAUUGCAACAAAAUAAAUGAAAUUUCCCUGUGGAAUCUUUUUGGAUAGGUUCAUUGCGAACCAUAAACAGAAAUGGCUAUGUCAAGUAUGGUGUUUUCUGACGUGGAAAGUUUUCUCGACAAACACCCCGAGUUAUUCGAAGACUAUCUGAACAGAAAAGGGAAAUACAGCAUGGUUGAAAAGUGGCUUAAAAAUCAUCAAGCAAGUAAAACUCCUGCGAAUGUCACAACGGAGCCAGAGAAACACAUUGCUUGUAAAGAUAGCUGGGCCAGCAAAGGAGAUGGCUUACACAGGCGAGCUUCGCAAAAAGAGCUUCGAAAAACUUUUGCCAGGUCGAAAGCUAUCAAUGCCAACAGGACAUAUGAUGAACAUUGCAAUUCAAGAGCACAGGAACCUUUGACAAGUAUGAGGAGACGGGCUUUACUUCGAAAAGCCAGUUCCUUACCUCCGACAACCGCUCACAUCCUGAGCGCCCUGCUAGAAUCACGCGUCAACAUCCCUCAGUAUCCCUCAACAGCCAUAGACUUCAAAUAUUAUCUGAAGGAACAUAAUGAAAGGGAGUUCUUCCUGGAGUUAGUGAAAGACAUAUCGAAUGACUUGGAUUUAACCAGCCUCAGUUACAAAGUCCUUGUAUUUGUGUGCAUCAUGGUCGAUGCUGACCGUUGUUCCCUAUUCCUGGUUGAGGGCUCAGCGAACAAGAAGACUCUUGUCUCAAAAUUCUUUGAUGUGCAUGCAGGGACCACCGUGUUGCCAUCUUUCAAUAAUUCAGAUGAAGUUCAGGUUCCUUGGGGAAAGGGGAUUAUUGGAUAUGUUGCAGAACAUGGUGAAACCGUGAAUAUACCAGAUGCAUAUCAGGAUCAUCGUUUCAGUGAUGAGAUUGACAAGCUCACUGGAUACAAGACCAAGUCACUAUUGUGUAUGCCCAUACAAAACAGCGAUGGGGAGAUCAUUGGUGUGGCUCAGGCUAUCAACAAGAGUCCUGGUGGAGCUCUCUUUACAGAGGAUGAUGAGAAGGUGCUGCAGAUGUACCUGCCCUUCUGUGGAAUCGCCAUCUCCAACGCCCAGCUCUUCGCAGCCUCCAGGAAGGAGUAUGACCGCAGCAGGGCUCUGCUGGAGGUGGUCAAUGACCUGUUUGAGGAGCAGACGGACCUGGAGAAGAUCGUGAGGAAGAUCAUGCACCGGGCCCAGACGCUGCUCAAGUGCGAGCGCUGCUCGGUGCAGCUGCUGGAGGACAUUGAGUCUCCUGUGGUGAAGUUCACAAAGUCGUUUGAGCUACUGUCACCCAAAUGCAGCGCAGACACAGAGAUGAGCUUCAAGGACAGCAUGGAGAAGUCCUCCUACUCCGACUGGCUAAUAAACAACAGCAUCGCUGAGCUGGUGGCCUCCACUGGCCUCCCUGUCAACAUCAGCGACGCCUAUCAGGACCCCCGCUUUGAUGCAGAGGCAGAUCAAUUCUCUGGCUUCCACAUUCGCUCCGUUCUUUGUGUGCCAAUAUGGAACAGCAACCAUCAAAUAAUUGGUGUUGCUCAGGUGCUGAACAGGCUGGAUGGAAAGCCCUUUGAUGAUGCGGACCAGAGACUGUUUGAGGCCUUUGUCAUCUUCUGCGGCCUCGGCAUCAACAACACCAUCAUGUAUGACCAAGUGAAGAAGUCGUGGGCCAAGCAGUCCGUGGCCCUGGAUGUAUUGUCAUACCAUGCCACCUGUUCCAAGACCGAGGUUGACAAAUUUAAGGCUGCAAACAUUCCUCUAGUCUGUGAACUGGGCAUAGAUAAGCUGUCCUUUGAUGACUUCUCUCUGGAUGUGGACGCCAUGAUCACUGCGGCGCUCCGUAUGUUUAUGGAGCUGGGCAUGGUGCAGAAGUUUAAGAUUGAUUAUGAGACGCUCUGCCGAUGGUUGCUGACUGUAAGGAAGAACUAUCGCAUGGUCACCUAUCACAACUGGAGACACGCCUUCAAUGUCUGCCAGUGCAUGUUUGCUAUGCUGACGACUGCGGGAUUCCAGGAGACGCUCACAGAGGUGGAGAUCCUGGCUCUGAUCGUCGGCUGCAUCUGCCACGACCUGGACCACCGGGGCACCAACAACGCAUUCCAGGCUAAGACCGGCUCUGCCCUGUCUCUGCUGUACGGCACGUCUGCCACUCUGGAGCACCACCACUUUAACCACGCCGUCAUGAUCCUGCAGAGCGAAGGGCACAACAUCUUCUCUAACCUGUCCUCCAGUGAAUACAGCGACCUCAUGCAGCUGCUGAAGCAGUCCAUCCUGGCUACUGACCUCACCCUCUAUUUUGAGAACAGGAACAUAUUCUUUGAGCUGGUCAACAAAGGGGAGUACAACUGGAAUGUGAAAGGCCACAGAGAUAUGUGCAGGUCCAUGUUGAUGACGGCGUGUGACCUGGGUGCGGUCACUAAACCCUGGGACAUAUCUCGGCAGGUGGCCGAGCUGGUGACCAGUGAGUUCUUUGACCAGGGAGACCGAGAGAGAUCAGAACUGAAGCUCACACCAUCGGCGAUCUUUGACAGGAACCGCAAGGACGAGCUGCCGGGGCUGCAGCUUGAGUGGAUCGAUGGCAUCUGUGCCCCGCUGUAUGAGACUCUGGUGAAGCUGAACCCCAAGCUGCAGUCCAUGGUGGAGCUGAUCGGGGCCAACCGGGCCCGCUGGGAGGAGCUGCACUGCCUGAGGCAGCUGAGCCAGGAGGGCGCCAAACCUCCGGACUGCUGCGCCGACGCGGACGACACCCCCUCCUCUGGCUGCGGCUGCGCAGGGGAGCGUAAGAUGAGCUCUGGCGCCGCGCCCUGUGGGGAGUCCUCCGAGCCUGCCAGCUAGCUGCCGCUGUCGCCGUCGCCGUCGCCGCGCCCCCACUGAAGGUGGUCUGUGGUCCUGGCGGGGGGGAUUGCGCCUCCUCCACCUUUUCCGCUUGUUUGCAGUCUGCAGCAUACCGGGUGCUGUGCAUGCAGAGGGCUAUUUCUUGAGCGCUGCCCCUGUGCUUCGCGUGGCCGCCGCUGGAGUAUGGGAGAUGACCUUUGACCCGAGGGGCCCCUAAACCCAGAGGUCAGCUGUGGGCGAUUUGGAGGGCAACUGAAGCCACAGACAACUGCACGUUUACCUUGCAGCAAUCGCUGACAAUAUUUAAAUGGAAGGCAUUGUGAACAUAAUCAGCUGAAGACCAGAAAACUACAUGAUGUUUGUGGGCCAGCAUUUCUGUGCACUGCAGGUUGCCAAGAUAAAUUGAAAAGACAGAACAGAGCAUAACCACUAUUUUAUCUAUGUGUUGCCAGGAGGGACUCUAAGCAUACUGUUACAGCAUAAUGUACCACUGUCGCUAUCUGUUUAUCUGAAUAUCCUCAGACUACUGACUAUUGUUUUUUUUUUUUUUUUUUUGAAGGGACUGAGGGUGAUUUUUGUAUUUUCUACUGUACAUAUGUUUUUUUUCCUGGAAUGAAAUAUGCAAGUGCUGUUUAUGACAUGGGUACUGGCUUGGAUAUUCCUGUCGGUGUGAUUACUAAAGGAUCAGGGCUUUGUGGGACCACUAAGCCAAUGGCAAUGCUUGCAAUGCAAAUCUGAUAUGCUUUCUCUCUGUGCCUUGUUUGGGAGCCCUUAUGAAAAAUGCAUGGCAUCUUCACACCAACUUCAUAAUUGUCUUAAAAAUAGGUGGUGGACCAUGGAGGCUUUUGUCUACUGCAUAGGAGCCGGCCACCGUGGCGUCUUGAAGCCCCUCCUCCCCCUCUGGCUUAGAACACGCUCUUCGUGCGUUGCUUUUUGUCAUUGUUAUUAGAGCUCUCUUUCACUGGGGGAGCUAUCACACUGGAGCAUUUGAUUUCACGGCUACACAGAUUUAUCCACCGAUCGCUUUUGUUUUGCUUUUCCUAUGAAAUUAAUCAUGUUCAAAUAUAACAGAAUAGCAGGUGAUUAUUUAUGUGUGAGUGUAUAUAAAUAUAUAUUUAUAUAUGUAUUGAUUGCAGUUGUUCAUACAAUUAUGUACAGCUUUGCCAGCAACACUCCAAGUGACUUACAGCAAAUGGAUUGUGCCUUUGUCAGCCCUCUCUAUAUAGACACAGCAGUGAAACUUUUCCAGCACACACUUUGCCAAGUAACUCACACAUUAAGUGAUUAAUGAUGAGUUUGUCAGUGAUCCGUCUUGACUUUACAAAGUCCUGACAUCAAAAUGACCCAAACGUCCAGGGGAGACAACUAAUUGUCUGGUUUAUAAGGUAAAAUCUGUUAAUGACCUCAGCCUAUGUUGUACUACAAAACCCACUCCUAUGAGUAUUACUUCUCACAUGCAGACGUAAAUACUAAAUACACGUUAUUCAACACUGUAUAGGCAGAAGCCAGUGAUGGAGAAAAGCGAGAGCACUACAGUGCAAUUUCCAUACAUAAACAACCAUGUAAAUUGAAUGGUCAAAAUGUCAGGCUUGGAUUUGUGGCCUAGGUUCCAUGAAAUCCGCAGGAACUCAAUAGGGACUCUAAGCGACUCUCUGAGGUUGUAAAGUUGUGGGUGCUUCCUCUUCCCCCGCACUUAGUGUCGCGUCGCUCUCAUCCCCAUAUCUGUCAGAGCCAGCUGCAAACCCAUCACUGUGCUGUAUGGUGGUGGUGUAAAACACUUUAAAUCAAGCCGAGACACCAAUUGUCUUUCCAUACAGAUGAUAUGAACACCAAUAUUUCCUCAGAAGAAAGGGGAAAUAAAGAUAAAUGGCGAUGCCCAUAUCCAUAUGGCCAUAUUAAGAUAAUCCCUUCAGUGCUCCAGGGUGAUACUGAUAGGUAGGUAAUGUGGUUAUCUAAGAAAUAGCACAGUUAUGACUCACUCCGCUGUGGACACUAACAGAUGUAGCAGCUCAAAGCAUCUGACGUUUCAAGACUGCAUCUAUUACCAUUUACUGCAGAGGUUCCCUCCCACAUCUCCUUCAUACCAAAUGAUUGCCACCAGGAGGAUCAUUCCAGUAGAUUGCCAGUGAAGACAUAGACUUUCCCAUUGUCCUGAAGGAACCAUUGUGAAUAAGUUGUUCUGAGAUAUUUACAUCUGUUCAACACUGUUAAAGUCACUCUCCUCUCACAAACUACCAGCUGUUCGUGUUACACAAACGUUACUUGCUUCUAACCUGUUAGCAUUCAUUUUAAGAUCUAUUUUGAUGUUUUAUUGAGUCCUUCUGAAUUGUGUUGUAGCAUUGUGAAUUGGAGUCAAUACGUUGCUGUGCUCCUUGCGUGGCAUGGAUCUUCGUGCUCUUCAGGUUAAUCUAAAAGGCUAAUUGAUUCUGGGGAACAAUUUUAAUUGCAUGACGUUUUUGAACAAAUGCUGUACAUGUAGCACAUUAAGAAGACACACCAGUGAUUACCUCUAAAUAUGGCAUUAAUUAGUGACAUAGUGACUACAUCUUUUUCCUCAUUUGAAUUGAACUGCAUGGGUUACUGUAGUGCAUUGUGGUGGGCGAAGCUUAUUCACUCACAGGUUGAAUCGUACACCUUCAGUUUUAAAUGUGACCAAGCGUUAGAAAAGGACAUGUAUUUUUUGUAUUUUGGACAUUUAGCUGGUAUUUUCCUACAUCUGCCAUCUGUGUUCUUUUCUGGUGAUAUUGAGGAGAGGUCAAUGGAAAAGGCUUUUCAAAGGCAUGUUACUGGGGAAAUGUGCAAUGUUUGUUUGAUAUGAAUA